CAACCAGAGAUAACAUUCACUUGAUCUGAAGCAGCACAAUGGACGGUGGAGACAUUGUAUUCUUGCGGGCAGAGUUAGACCGUGUGUCUGCGGAGCUGCAGGAGACAACAGAGGAGAAAUUUCAGGCUGCUCAGUAUGGACUGGUUGUGUUGGAGCAUAAUGCAGAAUUAAAGCACAAAUACUGCGACCUGGAGUCUGAAUGUGAGCAGAUGAGGCUGGAGCUAAAGCAAAUUAAGGAGGCUUUAGCAGACGCUCACAGCAACCAUAAAAGAACAGCUGCCGAUGGAGAGAGCAGAGAGGAGAAUAUACUGAAGGAAUCUGCUUCCAGGGAAACUACGCUAAACACCAAGAUUGAUGACCUCCAGAAUGAACUGAAGCAGAUGAAGUCCUUUCUCGCCAACUCCUCUGCAGAAAAUGAGCGCCUCACCCAAGUUAUUCAGAACUUGAAGAAGGAAUGCCAAGAUAUUGAGAAGGAGAAGACCCAGUUACGGGUUGAGAUAAAACAAUGUAAACUUGGGGAAAUGCAACAUUUGCAAGACUUUACCGAGCUUGAGGAAGAAAAUAUUUCUCUUUUAAAACAAGUGUCUGUCUUGAAGGAAAACCAGGUGGACUAUGAAGGGCUAAAACAUGAAUUGAAAAGAAGAGAUGAAGAAAUCGAUAUAUUAAAUGGACAGUUGGAUGAUCUGGUGCGAUUAAAAGACAUAGCUGAGCGCCAGCUGGAGGAAGCUCUGGAGACAUUGAAAAGUGAGAGGGAACAAAAGAAUGAACUUCGGAGAGAACUGUCCGGGUUCCUCAGUUAUGAUUCCAUAGGAAAUCUUCAAGCCAACCUUGAAGACCCAAAUGAAGACGAAUUUGACAGCGGAUACAAGUGCAAUGGAGAGGUCUUAAUGUCCACCCCACGUAACAGUGACAUCUUUCAUCCUGGACCCAAAUUGGCUUCCGAUCUCUUCACUGAACUGAGCCUGACCGAGAUACAGAAACUCAAGCAGCAGUUACUGCAGGUUGACCGUGAGAAGUCCAACAUGGAAAGCAGUUUACGAGACCUACAGAAGACGUUGGAUGAUGUUAGGAAGGACUUGUGUAAUGAACAGCAGAGAAACGAUGAGUUGGUAGAGCAAAUUAAGGUGCUCCAGCAGGAAACCCUUCCCAGUCAGGAGCUGGACAAUGGAAAUAACCUUGUGAAAUGCUCAUGUGGACAGGAAGAAAUUGAUUUAGCCAGACUUGAAAAAGAGCUGGAAGAAGUGAAGCAAAAAUAUCAAAACUUUGAGGAGAAGUACCAGGAAGAAAAGAAAAAGUGGGUGAUAAACCCACAAGCUUCCCUUGAGGAACUGCGGUCCCCUUUCAAAUCUGAGACUGAUGAUCGAGGUGUCUUGUCCGAACUUCAGGAAGAGCUAAGGACAGCACGGAGGCUUUAUUGUGACUUUCAGAGCAAGUUGAAUCUAGCCCAGGAGGAGCUCUUGGCAUUCAUAGAAGAGCUCGCUCACCUCUACAACCAUGUCUGCAUGCGAAAUAACCUGACACCAAACCGUGUCAUGCUUGAUUAUUACAGAGAUGGUAAAGGAGCAAAGGUGCGUCUCCGAAAAAGAAAAUCUUCAGACUACUUUGGCAGGCUUUUGGUAAGCCCUGACAUAGAGAUAACAGAGCUUCACAGUGGUGAGAGAUCCCCACUGAGUAGUCCUGACUCUACUUUGGGGUCAGAUUAUGGGGACUCGCCUAGAGAGCUUCUUAGUGUCACUCAUCUUGUAGCAAUUGUCAAAGACCAGAUUAAACACCUGCAGGGUGCUCUUGCCAUGUCAUGGCACCAGAAUUCACUGGACAGUAUCGCUUCUGAAAUGGAAAAGGACAAAGGGGUUCUGGUGGAGGAAAUCAUGAAACUGAAAGCUUUGCUGAGCACUAAGAGGGAACAAAUAGCUACUCUGAGGACUGUUCUGAAGGCUAACAAGCAGGUACAUUUUGUCUUAAUCAAGGCUCCCGGUUGUAUACUAUUUAUUUUUUAA